CAGCAACUAAUCCUGUCAUAUGGAAAGAAAAUUGUAAAUGUUCUCUCCAGAAAUUGUCCGCCCAUUGCAGCUAAUCGAACACACACGCUCCGAUACAGAGACGCUCGCCUGCUACGCUGAAGGCUCCUGGGUACAGAGAGCAGCUGGAGAGAGCGCGCGCAGAGACCGGGACACACACACACACACACACACACACACACACACACACACACACACACACACACACACACACACCCAUCUUAAAAACCGAAGAUUCAACUAAGAAAUCACCACAGGCACCGGAAUAGGUGUUGUUCUCCUUUGCUUCAUUCCCUCGUCCCCCUAGACAAAUUACUACUUCCCCAAACACUUUGGUGAAGAAAUGAAUCCCUCCCAGCUCGAGGCCGUAUCCAGGUCCCCGUUCUAUUUUGGUCUCCGCACUCGUCUUGCUGAAAGCCAGAUCAAGGGAGAAAGCGAAGGGACGACUGACUUCGGACUCUAAGCGGUGGGCAGCUCUCAUCCGGACGAGUCGUCCCAGACCCGCGAAGGGCUCCUCACUCCAGCCAGCCUCCACCAGACCAAAGCCCGGGGAGGCAACUGGGGCUAAAUCCGCGACAGGAUUACAUGUUACUUCGAUUACUUGGCUACUAAUUAGAGAACACAAAAUGAAUAACUCAACAAACUCAUCCAAUAAUGGCUUGGCCCUCACCAGUCCUUAUAAGACAUUUGAAGUGGUGUUCAUCGUGCUUGUGGCUGGAUCCCUCAGUUUGGUGACAAUUAUUGGAAAUAUUCUGGUCAUGGUUUCCAUUAAGGUGAACCGCCACCUGCAGACGGUCAACAAUUACUUUUUGUUCAGCUUGGCCUGUGCUGACCUCAUCAUAGGUGUCUUCUCCAUGAACUUAUACACUCUCUACACGGUGAUUGGCUACUGGCCUUUGGGACCAGUUGUAUGUGACCUUUGGCUAGCUCUGGACUAUGUGGUGAGCAAUGCUUCAGUUAUGAACCUGCUCAUCAUCAGCUUUGAUAGGUACUUCUGCGUCACAAAACCUCUGACGUACCCUGUCAAGCGGACCACGAAAAUGGCAGGAAUGAUGAUUGCAGCUGCCUGGGUUCUCUCCUUUAUCCUCUGGGCCCCAGCCAUUCUCUUCUGGCAGUUCAUUGUAGGAGUAAGAACUGUGGAGGAUGGGGAAUGCUAUAUUCAGUUUUUCUCCAAUGCUGCUGUCACUUUUGGCACUGCCAUUGCAGCCUUCUAUUUGCCGGUGAUCAUCAUGACUGUGCUCUAUUGGCACAUCUCACGAGCAAGCAAGAGCAGGAUAAAGAAGGACAAGAAGGAACCUGUGACCAACCAGGAUCCUGUGUCUCCAAGUCUUGUGCAAGGAAGGAUAGUGAAGCCAAACAACAACAAUGUGCCCAGCAGUGAUGGUGGCCUGGAACACAACAAAAUCCAGAAUGGCAAAGCUCCCAGAGAUGCUAUGACUGAAAACUGUGUCCAGGGGGAGGAGAAAGAGAGUUCCAACGAUUCCACUUCAGUCAGUGCUGUUGCCUCUAAUAUGCGAGAUGAUGAAAUAACCCAGGAUGAAAACACAGUCUCCACUUCCUUGGGCCAUUCCAAAGAUGAGAACUCCAAGCAAACAUGCAUAAAAAUUGUCACCAAAACCCCAAAAGGUGACUCAUGUACCGCAACUAAUACCACUGUGGAGGUUGUUGGAUCUUCAGGACAGAAUGGAGAUGAGAAACAAAACAUUGUAGCCCGCAAAAUUGUGAAGAUGACUAAGCAACCUGCAAAAAAGAAGCCUCCUCCUUCCCGGGAGAAGAAAGUCACUAGGACCAUCUUGGCUAUCCUGCUGGCUUUCAUCAUCACUUGGGCCCCAUACAAUGUCAUGGUGCUCAUUAACACUUUCUGUGCACCCUGCAUCCCCAAUACAGUGUGGACAAUCGGUUACUGGCUCUGUUACAUCAACAGCACUAUCAACCCUGCCUGCUAUGCACUUUGUAAUGCCACCUUCAAGAAGACCUUUAAACACCUUCUCAUGUGUCAUUACAAGAACAUAGGCGCCACAAGGUAAAACAUCUUUGCAAAGAAUAUGGGAAGACUACAAGGAUCAAAGAACUGGCUUUAAAUCUCUGCCAUUGCACUUUAUAGUCUUACUAUUGACUGUGCAACUAAGGAAAGCCAACAGUGACACUCUCAUACCUAUGUUACAGUUUGAAAAUCUUGCACCUUGUAAACACUGUCUGUUUAAGAGCAAUGAGACAAUUGAAAGAGACAUAUUGGAAUUGGGAAUUUAUUAAGCAGCAAUUCAUGCUUUCUCAUAUUCUCUUGAAGAAGGGCUUCUGAAUCUACAAUUUUGUCAGUCUCUGCACAAAAAGAGUAACCUCAUUAUUUUUGUUGUGUAUUUUGCUUCUGUUGUUCUGAUUAUUCAUAUGAAAAUGAAAUAUCAUCAUUGCAAGCCAACAUGGAAGUGAAAAUUUAAAGAAAUAGAUAUUGUAAAAUAGACAUGUGAAGAAAGA